UCAGUUCUUGAAGCAUAGGGUGAAGGUUUCUCUUCACGGUGCAUGGACGGAAAGCCAAUGCGCAGGUGUACCAGUACUCGACCAGGAGAGACCGGAAUGGACGUGACUAGCCGUUGCACACUUGGAGAUCCUAACAAACUGCCAGAAGGGGUGCCGCAGCCUGCUCGCAUGCCCUACAUCUCUGACAAACACCCUCGACAAACUUUAGAAGUCAUCAAUCUUCUCCGGAAGCACCGGGAGUUGUGCGAUGUGGUGCUAGUAGUUGGUGCAAAGAAGAUCUAUGCCCACAGGGUGAUUCUGUCAGCCUGCAGCCCUUAUUUCCGAGCCAUGUUCACUGGGGAGCUGGCAGAGAGUCGGCAGACAGAAGUAGUAAUCAGAGACAUCGACGAGAGGGCCAUGGAACUGCUGAUAGACUUUGCGUACACCUCUCAGAUCACUGUGGAAGAGGGAAAUGUCCAGACCUUGUUGCCAGCUGCUUGCCUUCUCCAACUGGCUGAGAUCCAGGAGGCUUGCUGCGAGUUCCUUAAGAGACAGUUGGACCCUUCCAAUUGCCUGGGCAUCCGAGCUUUCGCUGACACUCACUCAUGCCGUGAACUGCUGAGGAUUGCUGACAAGUUCACACAGCAUAACUUCCAGGAGGUAAUGGAGAGUGAGGAGUUCAUGCUGCUCCCUGCCAACCAGCUCAUAGACAUUAUAUCCAGUGACGAGUUAAAUGUUCGCAGCGAAGAGCAGGUGUUCAAUGCGGUGAUGGCCUGGGUGAAAUACAGCAUUCAGGAAAGAAGACCCCAGCUGCCACAGGUCCUGCAGCAUGUCCGUCUACCACUGCUGAGUCCCAAGUUUCUUGUGGGUACAGUGGGCUCUGAUCCGCUUAUUAAGAGUGAUAAAAAGCACAGGGAUCUAGUGGAUGAAGCUAAAAAUUAUCUGUUAUUGCCCCAAGAGCGGCCACUGAUGCAAGGACCAAGAACUAGACCACGCAAACCCAUACGCUGUGGAGAAGUGCUUUUUGCAGUGGGGGGCUGGUGUAGCGGGGAUGCAAUUUCCAGUGUUGAGCGCUAUGACCCUCAAACCAAUGAGUGGCGGAUGGUGGCUUCCAUGAGCAAAAGACGCUGUGGUGUUGGAGUCAGUGUUCUGGAUGACCUCCUCUAUGCUGUGGGAGGCCAUGAUGGUUCCUCUUAUCUUAACAGUGUAGAAAGGUAUGAUCCAAAGACCAAUCAGUGGAGCAGUGACGUGGCCCCCACCAGCACCUGCAGGACCAGUGUUGGAGUAGCAGUUCUUGGGGGCUACCUCUAUGCUGUGGGUGGCCAGGAUGGUGUCUCUUGUCUCAACAUUGUGGAAAGGUAUGAUCCCAAAGAAAACAAAUGGACUCGAGUGGCUUCCAUGAGCACCAGGCGCCUGGGAGUUGCAGUGGCUGUGUUAGGGGGCUUCCUCUAUGCUGUGGGAGGCUCUGAUGGGACUUCUCCUCUCAAUACUGUGGAACGCUACAAUCCCCAGGAGAACCGCUGGCACACCAUUGCACCCAUGGGGACGAGGAGGAAGCAUCUGGGCUGUGCGGUGUACCAAGACAUGAUAUAUGCUGUGGGAGGCAGAGAUGAUACAACAGAGCUCAGCAGUGCCGAGAGAUACAACCCUCGAACCAACCAGUGGUCUCCUGUCGUGGCCAUGACAUCCCGCCGGAGUGGAGUUGGUCUCGCAGUGGUAAAUGGCCAACUGAUGGCAGUGGGGGGCUUUGAUGGGACAACGUACUUGAAGACCAUCGAGGUGUUUGAUCCAGAUGCUAACACAUGGAGGUUGUAUGGUGGGAUGAACUACCGGCGGCUGGGAGGAGGAGUAGGUGUUAUCAAAAUGACACACUGUGAAUCCCAUAUAUGGUAAGCUUCAAGAGGGAGGGAGACCCUUUGGUUCUCAUUCCUAGAAAAAACUGAAGACUUGUUGACACUGGACCUCUUUGCAGCUCUUGUAUGCAUGGUCUAGAUCCAAUGUAACUCUUUGCCGGUGACUCUUUCUAUGGAAUCAUAAAAAUUACUUCUGUGAGAGUGUGCCCAAUGGGAGACCAUGUUGUCAGACUCCAGGGAACCACUGGACAAAAGUAGAAGUGUUGCUUACGUCCGUAUUUUUUCUAAAUAGUCUACAUUUUUGAAUAAACCAAACUGCAAAAGUUAUUGUAGCGUAAACAAUGCUGAUGCAGAGACCACAUGCUAUACUGGGAGUCUGGCAAGGAGGAGGGUUUCCUGCUUUCCCUCCUGCUGUGUGAGCAGUGGAUGUGGCAGCUGUAUGGUGGGUGAAAGAGGAAAGCGAUACAGAAAACAUUGCUUUUGCCUUAUUUACAGAGAGCUUCAAAAAA